AUUUACUUAUAGCAUUAAGCAAUCGCAAUUAUUCUUUUCAUCAUUAGCUAGCUAGGGAGAGAAUUAAAGAGAGACAGAGACUAGUUAUUUCCGAGAGCCACUAAUUAGCUAGUACGAUCCACUGCUAAUAAUCCAAUUAAUUAACCACCCUCCUAUCUAGCGCGCUCCGAUCCAUCCUCUGCAUUAAUUGCUUUCUCCUCCACCUCUCUUCGAUCGACCGUCCGGUCCCGGUCCGGCGGCCGGCGGUGCAUGCCAUCGUCCAACAAGGCACAGGCACCGUAUCGGCAGGGGAAUAAUCGAGAACAAUAAUUAAUGGAGGGGUCGGAGGCGGCGGCUCGUGAGGCGCUGUCGACGGAGAAGGCGUUCGAGGGGGAGCGUCUACCGGCGUGGUCGGAGCAGAUCACGGUGCGUUCCAUGGUGGUGAGCUCGGGUCUGGGCCUGUUCCUGAGCUUCAUCGUGAUGAAGCUCAACCUGACCUCCGGGAUCGUGCCGUCGCUCAACAUGUCGGCGGGGCUCCUGGCCUUCUUCCUCAUGAAGACGUGGACCUCGGCGCUGGAGCGGUGCGGCGUGUUCCCGAAACCUUUCACCCGGCAGGAGAACACGGUGGUGCAGACCUGCGUCAUCUCCUGCUCCAGCAUCGCCUUCUCCGGCGGCUUCGGCACCUACAUCCUCGGCAUGAGCAAGAAGAUCGCCGAAGGCUUCGACGAGGCCAAGACCAGCAUCAACGUCGAGGAGCCUUCCCUCGGCCGGAUCAUCGCCUUCCUCUUCCUCGUCAGCUUCGUCGGCCUCUUCUCCAUCGUCCCGCUCCGCAAGAUCAUGAUCAUCAGCUACAAGCUCACCUACCCGAGCGGCUCCGCCACCGCGCACCUCAUCAACAGCUUCCACACGCCGCAGGGCGCCAUCCAGGCGAAGCAGCAGGUGUCCAUCCUCUUCAAGUCCUUCGCCGGAAGCUUCCUCUGGUCGCUCUUCCAGUGGUUCUACUCGGCGGGGCCAGGCUGCGGGUUCAGCUCCUUCCCGACCUUCGGCAUGGAUGCCUACCGCCGCCGCUUCUUCUUCGACUUCUCGGCGACCUACGUCGGAGUCGGCAUGAUCUGCCCUUACAUCAUCAACUUCUCGCUGCUGCUCGGCUCCGUCGUGUCGUGGGGGCUCAUGUGGCCCUACAUCGAGAGCAAGCGCGGGCUCUGGUACGACGCCGAGCUGCCGAGGAGUAGCCUCCAUGGGCUCAAUGGCUACCAGAUCUUCAUCUCCAUCGCCAUGAUCAUCGGCGAUGGGCUGUUCAACUUCCUCUCCAUCCUCGUCCGCACCUCCUACGACAUGUACCUCAAGCGCACCAGGCCUGCAGAGGCCGCCGCAAAGCCGUUCGCCGGCGUCGACGUCACCGAGCGCCAGGCGCUCAGCUUCGACGACCGCCGCCGGACGCAGGUGUUCCUCAAGGACCAGAUCCCUACGUCGAUCGCCGCCGGCGCGUACGUUCUUCUUGCGGCGAUCUCGGUGGUGGCGAUCCCGCACAUCUUCCGUCAGCUGCAGCCGAAGCACGUGGUGUGGGCGUACGUGGUGGCGCCGGUGUUCGCCUUCUGCAACGCGUACGGGACGGGGCUGACGGACUGGUCCCUCUCGAGCAGCUACGGCAAGCUGGCCAUCUUCAUCUUCGGCGCGAGCGUGGGUUCGGCGGACGGCGGCGUGGUGGCGGGUCUGGCGGCGUGCGGGCUGAUGAUGGGCAUCGUCUCCACGGCCUCCGACCUCAUCCAGGACUUCAAGACGGGGUACCUGACGCUGACCUCGCCGCGGUCCAUGUUCGUGAGCCAGGUGAUGGGCACCGGCCUCGGCUGCAUCAUCAGCCCCGUCGUGUUCUGGAUCUUCUACAAGGCGUACGACGUCGGGCUGGAAGAAGGGUACCCGGCGCCGUACGCCAAGAUCUACAGGGGCAUCGCGCUGCUGGGCGUCAACGGGUGGAACCAGCUCCCCAAGUACUGCCUCCGCUUCUGCCUCGCCUUCUUCCUCCUCGCCGUCGCCAUCUGCGCGCUCAAGGAGGUGGCCAAGGCGCGGCGGUGGUGGGUGCAGGACUACAUCCCGAGCGCGCUGGGCAUGGCGGUCCCAUUCUUCCUGGGCUCCUUCUUCACCAUCGACAUGUGCGUGGGGAGCAUCGUGCUCUACCUCUGGAGCAAGUCCGACAAGGUCAGGGCGCACACCUUCGCGCCCGCCGUCGCGUCGGGGCUCAUCUGCGGCGACGGCAUCUGGUCGCUGCCGUCCUCCAUCCUGUCGCUGCUCAACAUCAACCCGCCCAUGUGCCUCAGGGUCUUCUCCGCAGACACAAACUACCAGGUCGAGGAGUUCCUCUGGACGCUCAAAAACCCAGCCGCCACAUAGACGACAUAACUCGGUACUCUUCUUGCUAUAUUAAUUUCUCAUAGAUUUUCUUGUUCAUUAUUACUUAUUAGCCUUCUUUAACUUAUUUUCAUGUAUGUAUUUCUUUACGUUCUUCUUCUUCUUCUUCUUCUUUUUCUCUCUUGUUCGUCGACUUAAUUGUAGAAAGGUUGUGAUUGAUCCUUGUGUAAAACUAAAACAGCAACAGUUCCUGCUCACUAUAUGUUUUACAAAUAUUUUAGGAAGAAACAACAAAAACACCAAAAUGCCCCAGGGCGAAAAA